CCUUGAGCCCGCGAGCAUGCUUGUCAAUAAUUUUCGAAAGGUCGGCACAAAAAGUCAAGAGAUUAGUUUGUAAGCUUGUUUUAUUUUAAUAUCUCCAAGUUAUUGUUUCGGAUAUACUUCGCCAUGUCUGAAUGUUCAAGCUCAGCACAAGAACAGAUCUUGUUAGAGCCUUAUAAAUACAUCCUACAAGUACCGGGCAAGCAAGUUAGGGAGACGCUUAUUCAGGCAUUCAAUGUUUGGUUGAAAAUACCAGAGGAUAAACUGAAGAUUAUAGCAGAUGUUGUCAAAAUGCUUCAUAAUUCUAGUCUUUUAAUUGAUGAUAUUGAGGAUAAUUCAAAAUUAAGGAGAGGCAUACCAGUUGCUCAUACUAUUUAUGGAGUUGCACAAACUAUCAACAGUGCAAACUACAUUUAUUUCAAGGCUUUGGAAAAAGUGUUGUCUCUGAAUCACCCAGAGUGUAUUCAUGUGUUUACAGAGGAACUGCUAGAACUUCACCGUGGUCAGGGAAUGGACAUUUACUGGAGAGACUCCUAUACCUGCCCUACAGAAGAGGAAUAUAGAGACAUGGUCCGCAAAAAGACGGGUGGUCUAUUUAGAGUUGCUGUGCGACUAAUGCAAUUAUUUAGUGAAAAUAAAAGUGACUUUUUGCCACUGCUCGAUAUGCUGGGCCUUUAUUUUCAAAUACGAGAUGACUACGCAAAUCUGCUUUCAGAAGAGUACAAAGAAAACAAAAGUUUCUGUGAAGAUCUGACAGAAGGGAAGUUCUCUUUUCCCAUCAUUCACGGCAUCAGGGGGGAUCCAUCAAGCAAGAAAAUUAUGAAUAUUCUAAAGCAAAGAACUGAAGAUAUAGAUAUGAAAAAAUACUGCGUCGACUGUUUAAAACAGGUGGGCUCAUUUUCUUACACUCGAGAAGUGUUGAGGGAACUUGAAACGAGCGCGUUACAAUUGAUCAGGAAUCUCGGGGGUAAUUCCCAGCUUACGAAGGUGGUAUCACACCUCAGCAAGAUCUACAAUAAUGACAUGUGAGCAGGCGUUUAGGUAAUGAGGAAAUAAUAUAGGCACAAUCCAUUGACAUCGGCUAUUUCAAGCGAGUAACCAAGAUAUUUUCAAUCAAAUAUCGUGAAUUAAAGAUCCGACUACAUUCGUAGAUUGUUAUUUUGAAGUUUACUUGCAAAUAAACCGCUGUAUUUUAAAUGAUAAACAAUAACAAGGUCAUAAUAUGCCCAGACUGAGCCGCCCAGACUUUGAACAAUGGCGGUUAGGGCAUUCUAUAUUACGGAAGAGGUGAAUGCAAGAAAUCGAUGGCGUGACCUUUGCCCCUGGAUGACGUGAUCUUUCGGACAUAGUCGAAAUAUAAAUAGGUACAAAAUAUCAUAUAAUUGUACAACGUUGUACAAGUUUAAUAGCGGUGGCUCUUCAAGGCAAAAUGUCACUGGGGUUUUAUUGUAAAAACGAAUGUGAACAAUAUUUUCUAGUAAAGACAAAGACAUAAAGCCAUAGAGAAUUUAGCCAGGGUAUUUCGAAAAAGAUGUUAGUUAUCCAUAAACAACACCAGUUUUUCUUGCAAAAAAUAUUUCAAAUCACCAUCUAUAUCUUUCUCAUCCAAAUGUUCUUUAUAAUAAAAAAAAUCGUUUUUAAUGA